CUGGGCUUCUCAGGAGGGGAGAGCUGGGAGAGGUUUUGCUGCUGACCAGGUUAUUGCACAGCUCGAAGGCUUGAACUAGAGCUGCAGAAACGAACCGGGAAAAAAAUUCAUAGAAGCCAAUGGUUUUCCGGAAGAAAAUAAUCCCAUUGCUUUGAGUUUGUAGGUUGCCACUACGACUCUGGGAAAAUGGCAGAUGACGAAGAGUAUGAGGAGGUGAUAGAGUACUAUACAGAGGAGACAAUUUACAAGGAGGUGCCAGGAGAGACAAUAACAGAAGUAUAUGAAACGACAACCACAAGGACAGUAUCUGACUAUGACCAAUCAGAAACUUCCAAACCAGCGCUGGUGCAGCCAGAACCAGCAAAGCCAGUGGAGAGAAAGAAGGUCAUCCGGAGGAAGGUGGACUCUUCCAAGUUCAUGACCCCCUACAUUGAACAUAGUCAGAAAAUGCAGGACCUUUUCAGCUCAAAUAAAUACAAAGAGAAAUUUGAGAAAGCAAAAGGACAGCCAUAUGCCAUCACCAAUGAUACUCCAGAACUGCGCAGAAUCAAGAAAGUACAGGAUCAACUCAGUGAGGUUAAGUAUCGAAUGGAUGGUGAUGUUGCUAAAACUAUCUGUCACGUAGAUGAAAAAGCAAAGGAUAUCGAACAUGCAAAGAAAGUGUCGCAGCAAGUCAGCAAGGUUUUAUAUAAGCAGAACUGGGAAGACACCAAGGAUAAGUACCUGCUUCCCCCUGAUGCCCCUGAACUUGUCCAAGCCAUUAAGAACACAGCCAUGUUCAGUAAGAAACUGUACACUGAGGACUGGGACGCAGACAAAGGAUUGUUUUAUCCUUAUAACGACAGUCCAGAACUGAGGAGGGUUGCCCAGGCCCAGAAAGCUCUCAGUGAUAUUGCCUACAAAAAAGGACUCACUGAACAGCAAACUCAGUUCACAUCUCUGCCGGAUCCUCCAGAUAUAGAGUUUGCCAAGAAAGUAACCAACCAAGUGAGCAAGCAAAAAUAUAAAGAAGACUAUGAAAAGAAAGUCAAAGGAAAAUGGAGUGAGACACCUUGCUUUGAGAUUGCAACUGCUAGAAUGAACGCUGAUAAUCUUAGCACAAGGAAAUAUCAGGAAGAUUUUGAGAACAUAAAAGACCAGAUCUACUUCAUGCAGACAGAAACACCAGAGUAUAAAGUGAAUAAACAAGCUGGGGUCGCAGCUAGCAAGGUGAAGUACAAAGAAGAUUAUGAAAAGAACAAAGGAAAAGCAGACUAUAAUGUACUUCCUGCUUCAGAAAACCCACUGCUCAGGCAGCUAAAGGCGGCAGGAGAUGUCCUAAGUGAUAAAUUAUACAAGGAAAACUAUGAAAAAACAAAGGCAAAGAGCAUCAAUUACUGUGAGACCCCCAAAUUUCAGCUUGAUACAGUACUCCAGAACUUCAGCAGUGAUACUAAAUAUAAAGAUUCCUACUUAAAGACUAUUUUGGGACACUACGUAGGUAGCUUUGAGGACCCAUAUCACACCCACUGCAUGAAAGUUACAGCCCAAAAUAGUGAUAAAAACUACAAAGCAGAAUACGAAGAGGAUCGGGGCAAAGGCUUUUUCCCCCAGACCAUAACCCAGGAAUAUGAAGCAAUCAAGAAACUGGAUCAGUGUAAAGAUCAUACCUACAAAGUCCACCCGGACAAGACAAAGUUCACUCAAGUUGUGGACUCUCCUGUUCAGGUGCAAGCCCAGGUCAAUUCCAAACAGCUGAGUGAUCUAAAUUACAAAGCCAAACAUGAAAGUGAAAAGUUCAAGUGUCACGUUCCCCCUGACACACCUGCCUUUAUCCAGCACAGAGUCAAUGCCUACAACCUGAGUGAUAAUGCUUACAAGCAAGACUGGGAGAAGAGCAAGGCUAAGAAGUUUGACAUCAAGGUGGACGCCAUCCCCCUGCUGGCUGCCAAAGCCAACAGCAAAAAUGUCAGCGAUGUGAUGUACAAGAAGGACUAUGAGAAGAGCAGAGGCAAGAUGAUCGGCGCCCUCAGCAUCAAUGAUGACCCCAAGAUGUUGCACUCCCUGAAGACGGCCAAGAACCAGAGCGAUAGAUUAUACAAGGAGAACUAUGAGAAGACAAAGGCAAAAAGUAUGAACUACUGUGAGACACCUAAAUACCAACUCGAUACCCUGCUGAAGAACUUCAGUGAGGCUAAAUAUAAAGAUUCAUACGUAAAGAAUAUUUUGGGCCAUUAUGUAGGCAGUUUUGAGGAUCCAUAUCAUACCCACUGCAUGAAAGUUUCUGCUCAAAACAGUGAUAAGAGUUACAAAGCAGAAUAUGAAGAAGAUAAAGGGAAAUGCUAUUUCCCUCAGACAAUAACUCAAGAAUAUGAAGCUAUCAAGAAGUUGGACCAGUGUAAAGAUCAUACCUACAAAGUGCACCCGGAUAAGACUAAAUUCACAGCAGUCACUGAUACUCCUGUGCUGUUGCAAGCCCAGCUCAACACCAAGCAGCUCAGUGAUCUGAAUUACAAAGCAAAGCAUGAAGGAGAGAAGUUCAAGUGCAAUGUACCAGCAGAUGCUCCUGAGUUUAUCCAGCACAGAGUCAAUGCCUAUAACCUGAGUGAUAGUGCCUACAAGCAAGACUGGGAGAAGAGCAAGGCUAAGAAGUUUGACAUCAAGGUGGACGCCAUCCCCUUGCUGGCCGCCAAAGCCAACAGCAAAAAUGUCAGCGAUGUGAUGUACAAGAAGGACUAUGAGAAGAGCAGAGGCAAGAUGAUCGGCGCCCUCAGCAUCAACGACGACCCCAAGAUGUUGCACUCCCUGAAGACGGCCAAGAACCAGAGCGAUGUGGAGUAUAAAGCUGACUACAACAGCUGGAUGAAGGGCUGUGGCUGGGUGCCCUUUGGGUCCUUGGAGAUGGAAAAAGCAAAGAGAGCCUCAGACAUCCUUAAUGAGAAAAAGUACCGCCAACAUCCAGAUACACUCAAGUUUACCUCAAUUGAAGAUGCUCCCAUUAUUGUACAGUCUAAAAUUAACCAAGCCCAAAGGAGUGAUAUCGCUUACAAAGCCAAAGGAGAGGAAAUUCUGCACAAAUACAGCCUGCCAGCAGAUCUGCCCCAGUUCAUCCAGGCUAAAGUUAAUGCUUACAACAUCAGUGAGAAAGUGUACAAAGCUGACUUGAAAGAUUUGAGCAAGAAGGGCUAUGACCUGAAAAUUGACGCAAUUCCCAUCAAAACUGCCAAAGCUGCCCGGCAGGCAGCAAGUGACGUUCAUUACAAAAAAGAUUAUGAAAAAGCUAAAGGGAAAAUCGUUGGCUUCCAAAGUCUCCAAGAUGAUCCUAAACUGGUUCAUUAUAUGAAUGUGGCAAAGAUACAGUCAGACCGGGAGUAUAAAAAGGACUUUGAAAAGACAAAGACAAAAUACAACAUACCUCACGAUAUGUUUGACGUGGUAGCUGCUAAGAAGGCACAGGAUGUGAUCAGCAAUACGAACUACAGACACUCUCUCCACCACUACACCUACUUGCCGGAUGCCAUAGACCUGGAGCUGUCCAAGAACAUGAUGCAUAUACAGAGUGACAAUGCCUACAAGGAAGACUACAACACCUGGAUGAAAGGCAUUGGCUGGAUACCCAUCGGCAGCCUGGACCAAGAAAAAGUGAAAAAGGCAGGUGAUGCCCUGAGCGAGAAGAAGUACAGGCAGCAUCCAGACACCCUCAAGUUCACCAGCAUCGUGGACUCCCCCGUGAUGGUGCAGGCAAAGCAGAACACGCAGCAAGUCAGCGACAUCUUAUACAAAGCUAAAGGAGAAGAUGUGAAGCAUAAAUACACUCUGAAUCCUGAUCUUCCACAGUUUCUCCAGGCCAAGUGCAAUGCUUAUAAUAUAAGUGAUGUCUGUUACAAACGGGACUGGCAUGAUUUAAUAGCCAAGGGCAACAAUGUCCUGGAGGAUGCAAUUCCCAUCACAGCAGCCAAGUCAUCAAGAAACAUCGCCAGUGAUUAUAAAUACAGAGAAGCCUACGAGAAGUCAAAGGGAAAGCAUAUUGGCUUUAGAAGCCUCCAGGAUGACCCCAAGCUGGUCCACUACAUGAAUGUGGCAAAGUUACAGUCUGAUCGUGAAUAUAAGAAGAACUACGAGAAUACUAAAACCAGCUACCAUACCCCUGGGGACAUGGUUAGCAUCACGGCUGCAAGGAUGGCCCAGGAUGUGGCCACCAAUGUCAACUACAAACAGCCAUUGCAUCACUACACAUACCUUCCUGAUGCCUUGAGUCUUGAACACACAAGGAAUGUUAAUCAAAUUCAGAGUGAUAAUGCCUAUAAGGACGAGUACAAUAGCUUCUUCAAGGGCAUUGGAUGGAUCCCUAUUGGCUCCCUGGAGGUCGAGAAGGCCAAGAAAGCGGGGGAUGCAUUAAAUGAGAGGAAGUAUCGACAGCACCCAGACACCAUCAAGUUCACAAGCGUGCCUGACUCCAUGGGCAUGGUUUUGGCCCAGCAGAACACGAAGCAGCUGAGCGAUUUGAACUACAAGGUAGAGGGGGAGAAACUGAAGCAUAAAUACACGAUGGACCCUGAAUUGCCUCAGUUCAUUCAAGCCAAAGUCAAUGCCAUCAACAUGAGUGACUCUCACUACAAAGCAGACUGGAAGAAGACCCUUGCUAAGGGUUAUGACUUGAGACCGGAUGCCAUUCCCAUUGUUGCUGCAAAAAGUUCAAGGAAUAUUGCUAGCGACUGCAAAUAUAAGGAGGCAUACGAGAAAGCCAAAGGCAAGCAGAUCGGCUUCCUCAGUCUUCAGGAUGAUCCUAAACUGGUUCACUACAUGAAUGUGGCCAAAAUACAGUCAGAUCGUGAGUACAAAAAGGGCUACGAGGCCAGCAAGACCCACUACCACACGCCCUUGGAUAUGUUCAGUGUAACUGCUGCAAAGAAGUCUCAGGAGGUGGCAACCAACGCCAACUACAGACAGCCGUAUCACAACUACACCCUCCUGCCGGAUGCCUUGAACGUGGAGCACUCCAGGAACGCCAUGCAGAUCCAGAGCGACAAUCUGUACAAAUCUGACUUCACCAACUGGAUGAAAGGUAUUGGCUGGGUCCCGAUAGACUCUCUGGAGGUAGAGAAGGCAAGGAAAGCUGGAGAGAUCCUGAGCGAGAGGAAGUACCGCCAGCACCCUGAGAAGCUGAAGUUCACAUACUCCAUGGACACAAUGGAGCAGGCGCUUAACAAAAGCAACAAGCUGACCAUGGACAAGAGGCUAUACACUGAAAAAUGGAACAAAGACAAGUCCACCAUCCACGUCAUGCCUGAUACUCCGGACAUUUUGCUCUCCAAAGUAAACCAGAUUACCAUGAGUGAUAAACUGUACAAAGCUGACUGGGAAGAGGAAAAGAAGAAAGGCUAUGACCUGAGGCCUGAUGCCAUCUCAAUAAAGGCCGCAAAAGCCUCCAGAGACAUCGCCAGUGAUUACAAAUAUAAACAAGCCUAUGAACAAGCCAAAGGGAAGCACAUCGGCUUCCGCAGCCUGGAAGACGACCCCAAGUUGGUGCACUUCAUGCAGGUGGCCAAGAUGCAGUCAGACAGAGAAUACAAGAAGGGCUAUGAGAAAUCCAAGACGUCCUUCCACACCCCGGUAGACAUGUUCAGUGUAGUGGCUGCCAAGAAGUCACAGGAAGUAGCCACCAACGCCAACUACAGGAACAUAAUCCACACCUACAACAUGCUUCCUGAUGCCAUGAGCUUUGAGUUGGCCAAGAAUAUGAUGCAGAUUCAAAGUGAUAAUCAGUACAAGGCAGACUAUGUGGACUUCAUGAAGGGAAUCGGGUGGCUCCCCCUGGGCUCCCUGGAAGAUGAGAAAAACAAGAAAGCCAUGGAGAUCAUUAGUGAAAAGAAGUACCGGCAGCACCCAGACACCCUGAAGCACUCCACACUGAUGGACUCAAUGAACAUGGUUUUGGCCCAGAAUAAUGCAAAAAUUAUGAAUGAACACCUCUAUAAACAAGCGUGGGAAGCUGACAAGACCAAAGUCCACAUCAUGCCUGAUAUCCCCCAGAUUGUUCUGGCGAAAGCAAAUGCAAUUAAUAUGAGUGAUAAAAUCUACAAACUGUCUUUGGAAGAGUCUAAAAAGAAAGGCUACGAUCUCAGAACGGACGCAAUUCCUAUCAAAGCUGCCAAGGCAUCUCGAGAUAUUGCAAGUGACUAUAAAUACAAAUAUAAUUAUGAAAAGGAGAAAGGAAAAAUGGUUGGUUUUCGUAGUCUUGAGGAUGAUCCCAAAUUAGUCCAUUCCAUGCAAGUGGCUAAGAUGCAGUCUGAUCGGGAAUACAAGAAAAACUAUGAGAAGACGAAGACCAGCUACCACACCCCUGCCGACAUGCUCAGCGUGACAGCUGCCAAGGAUGCGCAAGCCAACAUCACCAACACCAACUACAAACACCUGAUUCAUAAGUACAUCCUCCUCCCAGACGCAAUGAACAUCGAGCUGACCAGGAAUAUGAAUCACAUCCAGAGUGAUAAUGAAUAUAAGCAAGACUACAAUGAAUGGUACAAAGGACUUGGCUGGAGCCCAGCUGGUUCCCUAGAAGUGGAGAAGGCCAAGAAAGCAACUGAAUAUGCCAGUGAUCAAAAGUACCGCCAGCACCCCAGCAACUUCCAGUUUAAGAAGCUGAAUGAUUCCAUGGACAUGGUGCUUGCCAAGCAGAACGCUCAUACCAUGAAUAAGUAUUUGUACACUGUUGACUGGAAUAAAGAUAAAACCAAGAUUCACGUGAUGCCUGAUACACCAGAUAUUUUGCAAGCCAAGCAAAAUCAAACACUGUAUAGUCAGAAACUCUAUAAACUUGGAUGGGAAGAAGCUUUGAAGAAAGGCUAUGAUCUCCCUGUUGAUGCAAUAUCUGUACAGCUGGCCAAGACCUCCAGGGACAUUGCUAGUGAUUUUAAAUAUAAGCAAGGCUACCGGAAACAACUUGGGCACCAUAUUGGAUUCCAGAGUGUGCAAGAUGACCCAAAACUUGUGUUGUCUAUGAAUGUGGCCAAAAUGCAGAGUGACAGGGAGUACAAGAAGGACUUUGAGAAGUGGAAGACCAAGUACAGCAGCCCAGUGGACAUGCUGGGGGUGGUGCUGGCCAAGAAGUGCCAGACCUUGGUCAGUGACGUGGACUACAGGAACUACCUGCACCAGUGGACCUGCCUGCCUGACCAGAAUGAUGUCAUCCAAGCCAAAAAAGUAUAUGAGCUGCAAAGUGAGAACAUGUAUAAGUCUGACCUUGAGUGGCUUAGAGGCAUAGGUUGGAGUCCCCUGGGCUCUUUGGAAGCAGAAAAGAACAAGCGGGCUUCAGAAAUCAUCAGUGAGAAGAAAUACCGUCAGCCUCCGGAUAGAAACAAGUUUACCAGCAUUCCUGACGCCAUGGACAUCGUUCUGGCAAAGACAAAUGCCAAAAACAGGAGUGAUAGACUUUAUAGAGAAGCCUGGGACAAGGACAAGACGCAGAUCCACAUCAUGCCUGACACUCCUGACAUCGUUCUGGCUAAGGCCAACUUAAUCAAUACAAGUGAUAAACUCUACAGAAUGGGUUAUGAGGAGCUAAAGAAAAAAGGUUAUGAUCUUCCUGUUGAUGCCAUACCAAUCAAAGCAGCAAAAGCAUCCCGGGAAAUUGCCAGCGAAUACAAAUACAAAGAAGGCUUCCGCAAGCAGCUGGGCCACCACAUUGGAGCCCGGAACAUCGAAGAUGACCCUAAGAUGAUGUGGUCCAUGCACGUGGCCAAGAUCCAGAGUGACAGGGAGUACAAGAAGGACUUUGAGAAAUGGAAGACCAAGUUCAGCAGCCCAGUGGACAUGCUGGGCGUGGUGCUGGCCAAGAAGUGCCAGACCUUGGUCAGUGACGUGGACUAUAAGAACUACCUGCAUCAGUGGACGUGCCUGCCUGACCAGAGUGAUGUGAUCCAUGCUCGGCAGGCCUAUGACCUCCAGAGUGAUAAUUUGUACAAGGCUGAUCUUCAGUGGCUGAAAGGCAUUGGCUGGAUGCCUUCUGGUUCCCUCGAGGAUGAGAAAAACAAACGAGCCACUCAGAUUUUGAGUGACCAUGUUUACCGCCAACAUCCAGAUAAAUUCAAGUUUUCUAGCCUCAUGGACUCCAUGCCAAUGGUUUUGGCAAAAAAUAAUGCUAUAACCAUGAACCAUCACCUCUAUACAGAAGCCUGGAAUAAAGAUAAAACUACUGUCCACAUUAUGCCAGACACCCCUGAAGUUAUACUAGCUAAACAAAACAAAAUCAAUUACAGUGAGAAAUUAUAUAAACUUGGCCUAGAAGAAGCCAAGAGGAAAGGCUAUGACAUGCGUAUGGAUGCCAUUCCUAUCAAGGCAGCCAAGGCCUCCAGGGACAUCGCGAGUGACUUCAAGUACAAAGAAGGCUACCGUAAGCAGCUUGGUCAUCACAUUGGUGCCCGAGCUAUACAUGAUGACCCCAAGAUGAUGUGGUCCAUGCAUGUGGCCAAGAUCCAGAGUGACAGGGAGUACAAGAAGGACUUUGAGAAAUGGAAGACCAAGUUCAGCAGCCCAGUGGACAUGCUGGGAGUAGUGCUGGCCAAGAAGUGCCAGACCUUGGUCAGUGACGUGGACUACAAGAACUACCUGCACCAGUGGACCUGCCUGCCUGACCAGAGCGAUGUGAUUCAUGCUCGGCAGGCCUAUGACCUCCAGAGUGACAAUAUGUACAAGUCAGACCUCCAGUGGAUGAGAGGCAUCGGCUGGGUGCCCAUUGGCUCUUUGGAUGUGGAAAAAUGCAAACGGGCAACUGAAAUACUCAGUGACAAGAUCUACCGACAGCCUCCAGACAGGUUCAAGUUCACCAGUGUGACCGAUUCUCUGGAGCAAGUAUUGGCCAAGAACAAUGCCAUCACCAUGAACAAGCGUUUAUACACAGAAGCCUGGGACAAAGACAAGACGCAGAUCCACAUAAUGCCAGACACCCCAGAAAUCAUGUUGGCAAGAAUGAACAAGGUCAACUACAGUGAGUACAAAUACAAAGAUGGUUACCGAAAGCAGCUGGGCCACCACAUUGGAGCCCGGAACAUCGAAGAUGACCCCAAGAUGGUGUGGUCCAUGCAUGUGGCCAAGAUCCAGAGUGACAGGGAGUACAAGAAGGACUUUGAGAAGUGGAAGACCAAGUUCAGCAGCCCAGUGGACAUGCUGGGGGUGGUGCUGGCCAAGAAAUGCCAGACCUUGGUCAGUGACGUGGACUAUAAGAACUACCUGCAUCAGUGGACGUGCCUGCCUGACCAGAACGAUGUGAUCCGUGCUCGGCAGGCCUAUGACCUUCAGAGUGAUUACAAAUACAAAGAUGGUUACCGAAAGCAGCUGGGCCACCACAUUGGAGCCCGGAACAUCGAAGAUGACCCCAAGAUGGUGUGGUCCAUGCAUGUGGCCAAGAUCCAGAGUGACAGGGAGUACAAGAAGGACUUUGAGAAGUGGAAGACCAAGUUCAGCAGCCCAGUGGACAUGCUGGGGGUGGUGCUGGCCAAGCAAUGCCAGACCUUGGUCAGUGACGUGGACUAUAAGAACUACCUGCAUCAGUGGACGUGCCUGCCUGACCAGAACGAUGUGAUCCGUGCUCGGCAGGCCUAUGACCUUCAGAGUGAUAAUGUGUACAAGUCAGAUCUCCAGUGGCUGAGAGGCAUUGGCUGGGUCCCCAUCGGGUCUCUGGAUGUGGAAAAGUGCAAGAGAGCUACAGAGAUCCUGAGUGACAACAUCUACCGCCAGCCUCCAGACAAGCUGAAGUUCACCAGUGUGACUGACUCUCUGGAGCAAGUGCUGGCCAAAAACAAUGCCCUCAACAUGAACAAGCGUUUAUACACAGAGGCCUGGGACAAAGAUAAGACUCAAGUUCAUAUAAUGCCAGACACACCAGAGAUCAUGCUGGCAAGACAAAACAAGAUCAACUACAGCGAGAGUCUGUAUAAACUCGCCAAUGAAGAAGCAAAGAAGAAAGGCUAUGACCUGCGAGUUGACGCCAUCCCCAUUGUGGCUGCCAAGGCCUCCAGAGACAUCGCCAGUGAC